AUGCAUGCCUUUUCUACCAGGGUGAAGUAAGCUUGCUGGAAGUUGUAACUUCCUGGUCACAAGUACUUGUCUUUUCCCUUCUACUCCAGGUAUGUAGGGAACCUGUCCAGGGAUGUCACUGAGCCCCUCAUCCUACAGGUUUUCACACAGAUCGGCCCCUGCAAGAGCUGUAAAAUGAUUGUUGAUGUGAGUAUCCCUGGGUCCUGGACCCAAGUUUGAGAUUGAGAUUUGUAUGAUUUUGAUAUUAGGGAUGUGACAUGUAAAUGUUUUCUUAACAUUUUAAACUGCAUUUUUUUUAAACAAUUUGUUUUUCUGUUCAAACUGUAAGAAAAAUGCAUACUUUCAUGUGAAUUAACAAUGCAAAAUAUGGUCCGAUUGCGUCCUAUACCACAUGACCGCUAGGGGGGCCAGGCGGAUCCAGUAUCUCAGAAACUGACGCCCUCCUGGGCUUUUCACGCACGACAGUGUCUAUGGUUUACUGAGAAUGGUGUGACAAAUAAAAAACAUUGUCAGCGGCAGUCCUGUGGGCGAAAACAACUUGUUGAUGAGGUCGCUGGAGAAUGGCAAGAAUCGUGCGAGCUAACAGGUGGGCCACAAACAGACAAAUAACAGUGCAGAAAAGCAUCUUGGAAUGCACAACUCGUCAAUCCUUGUCACUGAUGGGCUAUUGCAGCAGACGACCACAACGGGUUACACUCCUAUCAGCUAAAAACAAGAAGCAGCAGCUCCAGACACGCGAUCACAAACACUGGACAAUUGAGGAGCGAAAAUACAUUGCUUGGAACAUGACAGCAAGUUCAGUUUACUUGAGGGGCCUGCACAGUCCUCAGACUCGGAUGAGACGGAACGGGCUGUUUGCAGUACGAAUGUACCGCCGCACAAUCUGCCGCAACUGCGUGAUGCUAUCGCUUCAGCAUGGACCAACAUCCCUGUGGAACAUUUACGACACAUUGUAGAAUAUGCCGAAGAUUUCAGACUGUUCUGGAGACAAAGGGGGGUCUGACCGGUACUAAUGGGUGUACCUAAUAAACUGACCAGUGAGUGUAUGUCCAUUAUGCAGGAUUGGAAUGCAUGAUUUGUCACCAGUACUUGAAAACGUGAAAUAAAACAGAAAAAUAAAUUAAUACAAAUGGCCUGUGCCAGUAUUAUGAUAGUGGUGAUUUGUUGCCACAUAUGAUUUGUUUACGUUUCUGCCAUUGUUGCUAGAUUGAGUACCUAGGCCUACAACAGCGCUAUCUAGUGGUCACGUCGGGGGCAGCAGUUGUUGACAACUGUAACUAACCCUUUCCCUAACCUUAACCUAAUUCUCUUAACUUUCUACGUUAAUUCACCUAACCUGCUGUGUUAGUUCUCCUAACCUGCCACGUUAAUCAUCCUAACCCUGUUAUGUAAACAAACAAUCUGUGGAGACAAAUCAUCAGUUUCACCCCACUGGCAGCCAAUCAUGUCACUCACGACACUCACGUGGAGCCAUUCAGUAUUGUUGUUUAUGUAUGUACCCAGUAAGCUGUAGCAUUAUCAAUGCUUUUCAAAAGGAGACAACUCACAAAUGUGGAAAUUCAGGAGAUUUUUGUAAAUUCUGAUUUUUUUUCUGAAGAAUCAGAUUGUGACAUUGAGGAGCUGUCCCUCAACCUUGUGGCCAAUGAGAACCCUGACCACCAACAAAGGCCCAGGUCCCUCUGAAGAUACUGGUAGUGGUGAAGUACAGGAGGUCUGCGGUAGCUGGAAGGCCGCCAGCCAUUUCACCCCUCCUGUCCCUGCUGUUGGCAUUAAGUCCCAGUCUGGAGUGCAAUGCCCCUUGCCAUCUCCCUCUGAGGCAAAGUGUUUUAAGCUGUUUCUGACAGGGACAUAGUGGAGGACACCAAUCGCUAUGCCUUAGAGCUAUAGGAGAUUAGGGAGCCACAGGGAAGGUGGACCACCUGACGGGAGAGAGAAAGAUCAAACCAGACGGUGUGCUUGACUAUAAUCGCAAAAUGGGGGCAGUGAAUAAGGCGGACAUGAUAAACAGCUUUGUGGCAUGUGCUUUGAAAACCACCAAGUGGUAAAAUAUAUUUUCAGUCUGAUUGACACUGCUAUCCUCAAUGGCCACAUAGUUCACCACCAGCUAACAAGUGAGAUGAUUACUGAACAAGGUUUUUUGUAAUUAGACAUACAGUUCACAUAUAAAUCAAAUACAGUUCCAUUAUGCAAUUAUAUUGAAAAUAUCCCGCCCACCUCCCCCCACUCCCUCCUCAUCCUCUACUCCCUCAUCCUCCCUACUCACUCUCCAAACAGUAUGUUGCUAGCAUACAAAAUAUGUCCUCAAUCUUCGGCAAGACAGAUUUCCAGUUAUGUUUGCAAGUUAUGUUCAAUACUGUGUGUGUGGUUUCUAAAAGUACAGAAUAAAGAGGAGUUAUUAGCAAUUAGAAUACAAUAUCAGGAUAUAGCAAUAAAACAAUAUUACAAGUAAGUAGCAUAACACUGCUAUAAAAAUAAGUUGCAUUGACAAUCACAAUUAUGAAUGAUAUAACUGUAAAACUCUAACUGAAAAGCUCCAAGGGGGCAGGACAGAACAGAGCUAUGCUGAACAGGCCAAAUGACAACCCAGGCCAUGGUCAUAAGGCCAGGGCAGCUUCAAAGGAUACAACACAAACUAAUACUUAUCUGAUGCAAUUAGCAUUGUUUUACAGAGCUUAAAGAAGAAUGUCGCUAGCUACAUGAGCACAAUUGAGUAUAACACCAUAACGGUUAUGAAAUUAGUACCUUGUGUGUACGCAGUUAUAAAGGAAUACACACAGAAUACGUUAUGCUCCAUACAUAUGGUUUGCUACAGUAGAAACGACAACACAAUAUACAUAAAAUAUUAUGAUAGCAUAGUUAGGCACUUACUUUCAUAGGAACGCACAUAAACUCAGCAAAAAAAAAAACGUCCCUUUUUCAGGACCCUGUCUUUCAAAGAUAAUUUGUACAAAUCCAAAUAACUUCACAGAUCUUCAUUGUGAAGGGUUUAAACACUGUUUCCCAUGCUUGUUCAAUGAACCAUAAACAAUUAAUGAACAUGCACCUGUUGAACGGUCGUUAAGACACUAACAGCUUACAGACGUUAGGCAAUUAAGGUCACAGUUAUAGAAACUAAAGAGGCCUUUCUACUGACUCUGAAAAACACCAAAAGAAAGAUGCUCAGGGUCCCUGCUCAUCUGCGUGAACGUGCCUUAGGCAUGCUGCAAGGAGGCAUGAGGACUGCAGAUGUGGCCAGGGCAAUAAAUUGCAAUGUCCGUACUGUGAGACGCCUAAGAUGGUGCUACAGGGAGACAGGAUGGAGAGCUGAUCGUCCUCGCAGUGGCAGACCACGUGUAACAACACCUGCACAGGAUCGGUACAUCCGAACAUCACACCUGAGGGACCGGUACAGGAUGGCAAGAACUGCCCGAGUUACACCAGGAAAGCACAAUCCCUCCAUCAGUGCUCAGACUGUCCGCAAUAGGCUGAGAGAGGCUGGACUGAGGGCUUGUAGGCCUGUUGUAAGGCAGGUCCUCACCAGACAUCACAGGCAACAACAUCGCCUAUGGCCACAAACCACCGUCGCUGGACCAGACAGGACUGGCAAAAAGUGCUCUUCACUGACGAGUCGCGGUUUUGUCUCUCCAGGGGUGAUGGUCGGUUUCGCGUUUAUCAUCGAAGGAAUGAGCGUUACACAGAGGCCUGUACUCUGGAGCAGGACCGAGGUGGAUGGUCUGGGAUGGUGUAUCACAGCAUCAUCAGACUGAGCUUGUUGUAAUUGCAGGCAAUCUCAACGCUGUGCGUUACAGGGAAGACCUCCUCCUCCCUCGUGUUAUUAGUAAGGAAAACGACAAUGAAGGCAAUGUGGGCACCAACCGGAAAAUGCGCCGGGGGGGGGGGAGUUUGUGCAGGUUCUGUUCUGACUGGAGAUGCGCAAAUGUCUGCAUACUUGACCAGGGGAAGUGCUUGGGCUCACAUCGAAGAGAGAAGUUUGUCCUGCUAAUCGUAAUGCCUCCAACGUAAAUUGUCCACCACAGUGAAAUGGGCUACUUCUAUGUGAAUUGUUGAGGUGGAACACACCUCAAUUCAAACGGUUGUUAAAUAAAACUAAAUAAUUAGAAAUUGACAAGUUGAAACAGCCUAUAGAUAAUUAGCAGGCAGCGUGUCUUGGUUUGAGGGCAGCGUGGGUUAACUGUCCUGUUGCGUAACAAUCACAUUUUGGAACAGAGUGCAUUCUGACAUCACGUGCAUAAAAAAACUCAAGCUGGGGGGACCGUUAAAGAUAUUUGGAACUCGCGCGUUAAACGUUUUAUGCUGUUUUUAGGUUCUCUGCUGUGUGCACAGAGAAUGAUAGAGGCCUCUUGGCCAAAAGGCUGUUUUAGCAUGGACAGCGCCAUAGAGUACCACAGUAUGAGUCAUAAUACCCAUAAAACCUAGCAGUCAAACAGGGAAAUGAUUCCAAUCGUUUUUCCACCAUUAAUUUUUCCCAUUGGGAAUUUUAGAAAAACUUAAAAGAGCUGUGUUUUGUUCAGGCUUACCAUGGCGUGAUGAUUUGAUAACUGUGUAAAUCUUUCUUGGACAAGGUGACUUUUAUCAAUAUAGUCACCUGUAUUUACCUCCAACAAAUGAAAGGCUAAUUAGCUGCUAAUGUGGCUAUCAUAAAGAACUAUAAAUGCCAUGAUGAUAUGGACGAGACUUCCGAAUCGAGGCAAAGGUAAGAAUCUCUGUACUAACUGUCUGAUGUUAUUAUCUAUGCAUAGUCACUUUACAUGUACAUAUUACCUCGACUAACCUGUACCCCCGCACAUUGACUCUGUACUGGUACCCCCUGUAUAUAGCCUCGCUACUGUUAUGUUACUGCUGCUCUUUAAUUAUUUGUAAAUUGUUUUACUUAUACAUUUUUUACUUAACACUUAUUUUUCUUAACUACAUUGUUGGUUAAGGGCUUGUAAGUAAGCAUUUCACUGUAAGGUCUACUACACCUGUUGUAUUUGGCGCAUGUGACAACGUUUGAUUUGAAAUGUAGUAAUUAAUACACUUGCUACAUUUCUUUAAAUGUACCUGUUAGCAAAGGUGCCAGCUAGAGAUGACAUGCAGGAGCUUGCUGGGAUUUGUAGUCUUGCAUGAUGUCUACUUUGAUGCUAAUUAGCAUUUUCGAAUCAGCGUAAAUAGAGCCAAAAUAUAUUGAUAAGUCACCUUGUCCGAGAGAUUUACACGGUUAUCAAAACGUCACGCCAGGGUAAGCCUACACGAAACACAGCACUUAUUUUAAGUGUUUCUCAAAUCCUCUAUGGGGAAAAAUGAGUGGUGGAAAAAUGAUUGGAACUAUUUCCCUUUUUGACCACUAGGUUUUAUGGGUAUUAUGACACCUCCACUGUGGGGCUCUAUGGAAAAUAACAUCAUUUGAGGGACAGAAUAGUAAUAGUAAUAUGCCAUUUAGCAGACGCUUUUAUCCAAAGCGACUUACAGUCAUGCAUGCAUACAUUUUUGUGUAUGGGUGGUCCCGGGGAUCGAACCCAAUCAAACAAUAGUGUGAUCUAUACUGUUCCGGAACAGAACUGUUAUUAUUAUUUUUUUAAGCAUUACAACCGGUUAAUAACGUUAUUUUACGGUUUAGGGCAUUUUCUUCUCCCAGUCCCACAAAAAUCACAACAAAGCACCUAUGCAAAGCCCUCACUCCGUCACUCAAACUUAUUCCAGCGUCUGCCUGCCAGCUUGAAAUCUCUGUGUGUGUGUGUAGCCUACUUGCCCUACUGACGACAUUACAAGCGUGAUUCAGAAAUUAAGGACAGAUGUUUAAUUGGAGAAUGCAUUAACAUUUUCAAUGCUAGUUAAGGAUACUAUAUCACUUUUCACAUUGGAUUUAUUAACUACAAAAAGGUAUGAUGUGUUUUUAACUUGUGUUGCUCUUCACACACAGGUUUGUUAGCUAGCUAACGUUUGCUCUGGUCCAACGUUAAGCCAUCAGACAUUCAAAGCUCCUACAUAGAAGCCACUCCUCCGUAGGUAUAAUACUGUGGGCCUAAUUCAGAUAGUGCAUCUCAUAACAAGACGCCCAGCUCUUCAAGCCAAGCUUCCUCCACCCUCUCGCUCUCUCCCCACCUGCAAAAUGUCAGUCUCAUCUCUCGCCCUACACUGAUCUGGCCAUAGUGACUGGCAGCACAGUGCAUUUGUCUUUCAUUAUGAUUAAACCAUACUGUUAUGGCAAAAUACAAUUAGCUUUUAAUGACUUUACUACACAAAUAAAAUAGCUUACCCGCUCUAUAGCAAGCUGUUCUAUCCUCACUGAUUGGUGAAGUAAUUUAAUGUCGAGCUAAAUGUAAAAAAUGACUGAAAAGUAGUGAACUGGGUGGGGUUUCCUAUGGGCUAUAGCCUCAAUGGCGCUGCCCAUGCUGUCAGACGCUAUAAUGAAACAGAUUAGUCCUUUAUCUCUAUGGCUGUGUGCCUCUCCAUGUUGUCAGAGGUCAGUACUCUUGCAGAGCAACCAUUAUACAAUUUCUCCACCCGGGCCGUCACGGUUUUUCGACAUGGCAUGUUGUAGUCUGGUUCUAGAUAUGCCAUCGGGUAUUGAAGCCUACAUCCUCAACUAUUGACAAUGGCUGCAUAUCAACUGCAAUCAUUUCUGUAGUCAGUGCUGUGAUUUUUCUCACUCAUUUACAUUUACGUCAUUUAGCAGACGCUCUUAUCCAGAGCGACUUCACUCCGUCCCUUAUCACACUUAUUUAGUGUGAAGAUGUCUGUUGGGGGCCUGUGCUGCUGCCAGCAACGGUUUGGCUCUCACCCUUUCAGAUGGUUAAAUAUUGCACCUGUACUACCAUUACUGUACUUCAAUUCCACCUCACAAAGUUUACAUUUCACCACCUUCUCAGUGUAUGUAUUGCCAUACAGCACUUUUUGUUGUUGCCAUUUUUCCAAUUUAUAAUCUGACGUGCAGAGUGCUUUAUAUCCGUGGCAAAUAAUUUGAAAGAUUCAUAUCUCCUAAUGUUACAGCAUUUGUUUUUCGGUUAGGGAUUUUUUGUUAACGAUCCCAAAUUCAUUUAAACGUUAAUUAAUUAAUUACAGUUAGUUAGAGUGCAUACAUUUUUUGUCAUACUGGCCCCCCGUGGGAAUCGAACCCACAACCCUGGCGUUGCAAGCGCCAUGCUCUACCAACUGAGCUACACAGGACCUAAUCGACAGAUGUUUAUGGUGAUGGUAACUGUCUGAUAAGUACAUGUGGCUAAUAUGGUUGACACAAUGCUUUGGACUCUUUGUAGCCUAACUCUUGUUGUCCUCUUACAGACUGCAGGCAAUGACCCAUACUGCUUUGUGGAGUUCUAUGAACACAGGCAUGCUGCCGCGUCACUGGCUGCCAUGAAUGGACGUAAAAUUAUGGGUAAGGUAAGCUAUCGUAUCUACAGGGUGAGUUGGGAUGGGUGGGUUGUUGUUGAAGAAGUUUGACCAACCAGUAGGCCUAAAUUAUGAGAGCACUAUCUGAGUCGGGCAACGAAUAUCUCACCGAAGUUGAAAUGGCAAAGUUAUGAAUUGCGUUGUAAAGUGAGAAUGGCUUAUUCCGAUUUCCCGUCCAACAGUAAGUACAUCCCCAGAGUAAAUGAGACUAAUAGAUGUGUGAUCUGAUUCAAAGUAAUGGCCUAACCACCAUAGUUGGUUCCAAUGCUGACUACCAGGCAUGUCCAUGUAUAAUAUGUCUGAUCCCAUUUCUUCAGAUAUGGAGUACGCUAGGUCUGUUGUAUGGAAAUCGAGUGCAUUCUCACUUAGUGGUUGAUUGCAUAGUCACUUUACCCUUACCUAUAUGUACAAAUUACCUUGACUAACCUGUACCCCCGCACAUUGACUCGGUACCGGUACCCCCUGUAUGUAGCCUCGUUAUUGUUAUUUUAUUGUUACUUUUUGUUUUUUUUACUUUAGUUUAUUUAGUAAAUAUUUUCUUAACUCCAUUUCUUGAACUGCAUUGUUGGUGAAGGGCUUGUAAGUAAGCAUUUCACGGUAAGGUCUACAACUGUUUUAUUCGGCGCAUGUGACAAAUUAAAUAUAUGUUCUUGACCGAUCACUGUUUUCUUUUGCAAAACCACUCCCUAUGCUAAUAACCCCUAAAGCUAUAUUUAAGGGAAAUGGGCCCUUUCCUUAUCCAAAGUAAUCCACAGUAGCUGUGCAUUACAUUGUCCUUGGCAAUAGCCAACUAAAACAAUUUCUGUACCUUUUCCAGACCCACAGCUUCACAACAAAUAUAGGUCCUAACCUCAGCAGAAAUAUAUUCAGUGCAAAUUAUGUUAUCCUCAACAGGUAAUGAAGGACCAUUUGAAGAGUAAUACAAGUUGAUAAUGUCACUGGUUUGUAAGUCCUUUGUUACUUGGACCUUUUAUUCAGUUUAUGUUCCAGUUGUUUAGAGUGCUCAGGUGUUCUGUUCUCUGCUCAUCACUGCAUUCAGAGAUUCACACUGUGUUUGGUCAUGGCUGGCUCAUUUCUUUCACACAGAAAGCACCACACAAACUGAGGUAGUAAAAUAGCCUAUUGUAUCUAAAUGACAUAAAACAUACCCCACCUGGCCUGUUUUCUAUCUUCCCUUCUCUCUCUAGGAGGUUAAAGUCAACUGGGCCACAACGCCAAGCAGUCAGAAAAAAGACACAAGCAGUAAGUGCCUAGCUACCUUUUCAGUCAGUUCCAUAGAAAACCUUAUUGAGGGUUCCUCUGAGAAUGUGGUCAUUUUAAAUUUACAUUUUAGUCAAUUAGCUGUUAUCCAGAGACUUCUAUAAACAACAACAAGGCAAUUCUUGAUUUCUUCAAAGUGCUGCAUCUAGCAAGUUGUCACAGUAGUUGUCUCUCCUGUCCUCCAACAGAUCAUUUCCAUGUCUUUGUCGGAGACCUCAGCCCCGAAAUCACCACAGACGAUGUAAAAGCGGCCUUUGGUCCAUUUGGGAGGAUAUCGUAAGUACCUCACAAACAUUCAUGUCUAUCUGCUCUGUCCAUCUCAAGAUUAAUAAGUCACUCGUGAGUUAAUAAUAAUACUUUGGAUGGCUUGAAAUCACACAUUACUAUUUAGGACAUAUCAGACAGCAGUUUGUUUUUUUAUGGUCACAUUAUUCCUUCCUCAUAUUGAGUAAAUAGUGUUUCUCCUCAGGGAUGCUCGUGUAGUCAAAGAUGUGGCGACAGGGAAGUCUAAAGGCUAUGGCUUUGUCUCUUUCUUCAACAAGUGGGUAAGUGUUAUGGAUGGAUGAAAUCACUUACAUAGGGGAUUUAGUCAUAACUCAAAACUGAACGGGUUCCUGUAUAUGUAGUCAUAACAUUAUCCUUUGGUAUUUGGGUGUGUAGAUGGGUCAUGUGAUUUAAUAUAUAUGUUGCUACCCACAGGAUGCAGAGAAUGCCAUUCAGCAGAUGGGUGGCCAAUGGCUAGGUGGCAGACAGAUCAGGACCAACUGGGCCACUAGAAAGCCCCCAGCCCCUAAAACCACCUAUGAAAGUGAGUCCAGGCAAGAUAGGCUUUCCAGGGCGUUUGCCAUUGAGCAGAAAUGGUUGGUUAUAUCUUACCAUUAUUUGUUUAUCUAUUUUGUCCUCUAAGAUUGGUUAAGUGCAGAGUAAAAUGUAAUAACUUUAAUAAAUGUUACUAUAUUUUGUGUUCCUCGGAUCCUCUUAUUUUGUUGAAUGGCAAUGCAUUUAUUCAUUCUAAAUUCCCCUGUGUCUAAUAGCCAACACGAAGCACCUGUCCUUUGAUGAGGUUGUGAACCAGUCCAGCCCCAGUAACUGCACUGUGUACUGUGGAGGAGUCGGCACCGGUCUAACAGGUCAGUAGUCUGUUAUUGAAGUGGUCACUUUCUAGUGUGAGAGAGAGUUGGUGAGAGAGAAACGGGUCUUUGACAUGUCUCCCUCCUGUUUUCUAGAACAAUUGAUGAGACAGACCUUCUCCCCCUUUGGACAAAUCAUGGAAAUCCGUGUGUUCCCAGACAAAGGAUACUCUUUUGUGCGGUAUGUCAUGAGAUCAAAUCACUAAACAGACCUCUGACAAACAUUUAGUAUCCUUGAAAUAUAAUUUUCUGCGGAUGUUUCUCAGUACCUUGCACUCAGUAUUUUGACUCCUCUCCUUUGUCCAGGUUUAACUCUCACGAGGGAGCAGCCCAUGCCAUUGUGUCUGUGAAUGGGACUUCGAUAGAGGGCCAUAUGGUGAAGUGUUACUGGGGUAAAGAGACCCCAGACAUGAUGAGUCCUAUGCAGCAGGUGCAACAAGUUCCCCAGGUAUGAAACCACAGCCAGAGGCUUCCCCUCAUCGACACCGCUUAAACACACACUCUCUUACACGGUUGUCCUCUCUCCCCUACGACAGAAUAAGGUGGGCUUUGCAGCCCAGCCCUACGGCCAGUAUGCCCAGUGGUACGGCAAUGCCCAGCAGAUUGGCCAGUACGUCCCCAACGGGUGGCAGGUACCCACCUAUGGGGUUUACGGCCAGGCCCAGGCCUGGAACCAGCAGGGUUUUAAGUAA